AUGAAGCGUACUCAUCGGCAUCAAGGAGGACAAAAAGCAAAACAUCAAAGUCACCUUUACAUCGCGUUUGUGGUCUGUUUUCUUCUCGCGUUUCUGCGUCUCGCGCUCGCGCGAGAUGAGACAGAGGAAGAUUACAUCAUGAACAAUCGGAUGGAGGAAGACGAAGCUCGAGAAUCGGGGAUGUUCGUGCCGCACAUGGUGGGGACGACGCGGGGUCAUCAUCGACAGCAACAACAACCACCGCCGCCGAAUGAGAACAACAACCAUAUGCCAGUGUAUGAGCAGCAGCGCGAGCAACAACACCAUCGACAACAGAUGCCACCACCGCGCGGAGAAGAACAAGAGCAGAGUGCGCAGCAGCAACGAAUGCCACCACCACCGCCGAAUGUGGUGCCUGAGGAGUUAGAAUUAGAAUUAGGAGAGGAGGAAGAGCACGCGCAUCAGCAGAAACCGCCACCGCCACGUGAUGAUGAUGAUGUUGAUGACGACGCGGAGGAUGACGCUGAGUCGUUUCCGGAUGACCAGCAGCAGGAGCAGCAGGAGCAGCAGGAGCGGCGACAACCGCCGCCGCCGCCGACGAAGCGCGGGCCGCCUCCGGGACAACAGCAGCAGCAACAACAACAACAACAGCAAGACGACCAAGAAAAACAGCAGGAGAAAGGAAAAAAGCAGCGCUUAGAGCAACAGCAGCAAGCGCAGCAGGCGAAAGAGAAGAAAAAACUCCCGACGCCGGAAAAGAAGCAGUUGAACGAAUAUUUAGACCACGUGUUAGAGGACCAACCGGUGAGACGAUUAAACGUUCUGGGUACGUUCUCAGACGCGGCCGGGCAUUUGGAGAGACAGUUUUUGUCCAAAGCGUCCAUGGAAGCGCACUCUAAGAUUAAAGAGUGGAUGGCGGAUGCCGGUUUGAGGGUAUUCACGGAUGCCGCGGGGAACAUUCACGGCGUUUUGGACGCGACGACGCCGCCGUCGUUAGACGAACACGGUGAGAAGAUGAUUCGUAAGGAGAUGUUUGUUGGGUCGCAUUUAGAUACGGUCAUCGACGGGGGUAUGUUUGAUGGUGCUUUAGGGGUCGUGGUGGCCAUCGCCGCCACGAAAGCGUUGAGACGAACGAACCCGGUGAGAGAGUAUAACAUUCACAUCAUCGGUUUCUCGGACGAAGAAGGCGUUCGUUUUGGGUCCACUUUCCUCGGUUCGCGAGCGAUUGUUGGGACGUUGCCGGACGACGUGUACGACGUCGUCGAUAAGCAAGGCGCGACGUUCUUACAGGCGUUGAGGAACGCCGGUUUACCGGGCACAAAAGAAUCUAUCACAUCAGCCAGACUUCCGAAACAAUCGUUCGGAGCGUACGUGGAAGUUCACAUCGAACAAGGUAAAGUUCUCGAACUCGGGGGGUUUCCCAUCGCCGCCGUCGCCGGCAUCGCCGGGCAAACCAGACUAAAAGUCAUCAUCAACGGCGUUCAAGGACACGCCGGGACGACGCCGAUGGUUGCCAGACGCGAUUCAACUCCAGCCGCGGCUGAAGCCGUCCUCGAAAUCGAAAAGAGAUGUAAAAAAGGCGGCGUUGGCGAAGCGUUGCCGGAAGUCAUGCUCGUGUGUACCGUCGGUGAAUUUCAAAUCUUCCCAGGCGCAACCAACGUCAUUGGUUCUCGAACCACGUUUUCGGUAGACAUCAGAGCGCAAUCCGACCGCGUUCGUAAAAACGUUGUCCAAGACGUCACGCGGAAAGUGCAACUGAUUUGCCGAGCGCGUGGUUUAGAGUGCAAAGUCCAGCGCACCCACGAAGCCUCUGGCGUGACCAUGGAUCGAAGACUGACGAAGCAACUCGAAGACGCGUGCGAUCGAACGACGGAAGAAAUGCACCGCCGUGCCUACGAUCUCUACAUGGAACAACAACGUCUCCAACGCGAAGAAAACGACUACAACGACGACUACAACGAUGACUUCGGCGACUUCAACGACGAUUACGAUGGCGACGGCGACGAGAUGCGAGACGAAGACCAAAGCGACGAUUUGUUCUACUACUCGGACGCGCAAAAGAAAAAAAUGAACUCCAAGCAGCGCCGACGAACCAACAACAAACGAAACAGAAACGACCGAAGCGGUUUCACUCGAGAACCCGUCAUCACUCGUCCGCCAACUUUGGUUUCCGGCGCCGGCCACGACGCGCUCGCCAUGGCCGAUGCCAUGCCCGUCGCCAUGCUCUUCGUUCGAUCGAAAGACGGGAAAUCGCAUUCGCCGGAAGAGUACACGUCGCCGGAAGAUAUCGGCAUGUCCGCGAGAGUCUUGUACAGAUUUUUGCAAACCUUCACUUUUCCCGAAGACGAAGAGAACGAUUACGUCAGCUAUUACGACUUACCAUAA